UUUUAGAAAACUCAAGAAGAAAUGGAAUUUUCACUUUGAGAGAAGAUUCAAGAAGAGCCAGAGGCUCUCUGGAACUCUAGCCAGGAACAAGGCGUUACUGGUGACUCUAGUAAAGAUCUCAAAGGUCUUUCCAAUGAAAAUAUUCUGCUCACUAGAGAAACAAAAAUGGUUCCUGAUGGAACCAUUUUUGUAACUAUGAGGGGUGAUAAUAUCAUGAAGUCUAAAGAAUUUAUGAAUACGCACAUCACUGAUCAGAAUCCACUGGAUUUAUUUGAAAGCAAGGAUGAGCCCGAAGGGCAUCCUUCCCGGCCCAACGAAUCUAAUACCCCCUUGAAUGCAGCCAUGGCCAAAGUCAAGGCUUCUAACGAAAGCACCCAGUCAGAAGACAUUAAUAUUCAAGAGAAGAUAUCAAAGCUGAGUAUUGAAAGAAGCUUCAAAGAGCUUCUUCUCAUUGAAAAUAAGAAUGAGCUCAAUGAAGAAACCAAGAGCACUGAGUCACAAACUCAGAGCCGCACUGAGUCUCAUCAGGGUGAUUUUAUUAAGAAAGGAGAGGAGACUAGCAAAAAUCCAAAUCUGGGAUAUAAGAGAGAAAUACUGAAGGAAAUGUGACCAAAACCAGAUACUAACAGAAAAUUGGAUCAGAAGAGGAUUCCGGCAGAUCAGAAUAACAAGCAAAGCAGAGGUAAACCCUCUGGCAUAAUCAGAAUGGGCAAGAAUUCGAAAGUUCCUUUUAAAGACCUGUCUCCUAAUAAGACAAAGGAAAAUUUCAUAAUCCCUCAGAAUUUGCUGAAUAACUUUGAAAAUGUGCUUCUUCCUUCACAAAGAACUGGGACUAACAAGAAAGCAUCGUUCAUCAGCUGUUCAAGUAGGAACGAAUCUGAUGGGAAGGAAAAUGUCAGCGUUAACUACAACACUAGCAUGUUUGAGCACUUGAAAUACCAGAAACAAACUUGCUCUAGAAGUAAAAGAAGUGCCAGACCUUCCUCAACUGCAAAUACAGAACGGUUUUUGAACCUGAAGAUAUCCACUUCCCAGUCUAAGCAAAAGAAAACCGUCAGACAGACCAAGAAAAUUAACUUCGAAGAUACACUUAAGAGAAUGAACCUAAAAGAAGCGAGAAGGAAAGAGAAAAUUGAAAAGAUGAGGAGAUCCAAAUAAGCAGAACAUGGUUGAGGUAAAGCCAAAAGAGUCAAAGAAGAAAAUGAGCAAGAAGAAAUUCAAGAUCCUUAUGAGCAGAUUUGACCAUAACGAAGCCAAGAGAAAGAAGCAAAUACUUCGAAUGCGCAAGAAGAAGGAGACCAAGGCUGAAGCAGAAAUAAAGAGCAUGUUUAGGCCAAAUUUGGGCAAGACAGCCAGGGUCAACAGCAGCUUGACUAGGAAAGACACUAAGAUAUCCAAGAAUUCCUCCUUUAAGGCACUAUCGGAUAGCUUCAACAGUUAUGUUGAGAACCUAUCUCGAUCUCAUAGGAUCAGAGGAGACUCAUUGGUCGAGUCAAGUUCAAGGUAUUUUAGACUAAUUUGUAGGAUGAGGUGAAACUUCUCAAAAAUUAUGAAAGAUAUAAGUAAGAAUAGUGAUCACAAUGUGGAGUGCAGCAUGAUGUUAGGCUCUUCCUUCACAUCAAAAGGAGGUAAAGCUCUCAUUUAUAAGUGAGUUAUAGAAAUUUUAGAAAGUAAAUUUUAUAAACCCAUUUCCAGGUGAUAUUAG